AUGGACUCAGGCGCGCCAAAGGGUGCGUCGCAGAUGGCCCAGCCAACCUCGCUGCGGCAGGGAAGCGGCGCUGCUGUCCCGCACGAGCAACAGCGGCUGGAGUCAUCGCCUCACACAUCGGAUCCGGGAAAGUCAGCCAUGCGUCGCGGCGACAGUUCACCCGCCUCGAUACCACCACCACCACCAUUGCGGUCUUCGUCAUCGUCUCUCUUCAGGGACACAAGGCACCACCUUCUCUUGAGAGAUACGGUAGGUGGCAGCGACGACGAGGAAAACGAAGAUGGGAGUGGGGCGGGCCGUUGUGUUUGCUUGCUAGAACCAACGCCCCCACCUGCAGGUGGGGGUCUCUUCGAGGCGGUGCAUUUGGAGCCACCGCCGCCACCACUACAGGCACAACAACCACAACAGCAGCAGCAGCAGCAGCUGUCAGCUGAUGAGAAGCGAGCGGCUUCCGAUGCAAAUGCUGCCUCGUUCGGGAGGACACAUGUCAACCUGCGAGGGAUGGAACCCAAGCCGCCCCUUGCAGCAACACCCGCAGUAGCGUGUGAUACACACGCGAGUUACAGCACUGGAGCAAGACGAACGUUGCGUCUCUCGCGUCGCCCCUCCGCCGUAGCGGCGACAGAGGAGCAAGGGAAGCGACGUGAAACACUUCCUUUGACAACGGGAGGAGGAGCCACCGUACAGGCCGGUAAUUCCUUGAUUCCAGCGCUCCCUCAACAGCUGGACGUUGCGAGGGCAAUGGCGGGGUCUAGCAGUGAGGUACGGGAGGAAGCGUCGAGGGUUGGAGGCAUGUUCCAACAGCCGCCGUUGGUGGGGCCUCCCACGACAGGUCCGACGAACUUGACGGGGGAAGAGGCCCCACCAACGGCGAAGCGUCAGCGUAAUUCCACAGAUUGGGGAGAAUUGAUGUCGCCCACCCCCACACCGCAGGGUAUGUACAGCUGUGGUUGCUCGCCGAGCGUACGACGCCACAGCAGGACGGGCGUCCCUUUGCCCUCCGGCCCCACCCCGAUUGACUUCAGUUCAGUAACUGACUAUGUCGAGACAAAGUACGAGGUGAAGGCAAAAAUCAGUGAGGGGACCUACGGCGAGGUGUACGUUGGACGCUGCCUUGCUACCGGAGAAACCGUGGCGUUAAAGCGACUGAAGGUGCUCCAUGGCCUGGAUGGAUUUCCAAUCACGUCGCUUCGAGAAGUCAUCGCCCUACGACACAUCAAUAACGCUCGUGAAAACGCCAUCACUUCCGAGACGGAUAGCAGCACCAAAAAGGACCCCAUUGAGGAGGUGAUAAGUCUGCGGGAUGUGUUAUUGUCGCGCACGUCUCAUGACAUUUAUCUCGUAUUUCCGUAUGCGUCGUGCAGCAUCGCAGGUUUGCUUCAGCGACGAUUUUCCUUCACCGAGCGGGAUAUUGCAUAUGUGUUUACGAAGCUUCUCAGGGCCUUGACGAAGUUGCAUGCUAUGGGCAUUAUCCACCGUGAUGUCAAGGCCGACAAUGUACUGAUGAACUACGAUGGUCAGGUGCGGCUUGGGGACUUUGGCCUCUGCGUGUUUGAAGGGUCGGGUCGGCGCGCCCUAACGCCGAGUCUUAUCAACCUCUCCUAUCGCCCACCGGAGAUGUUGCUGGGAAGCACCUCUUACGACGUCAAGGUGGACAUCUGGUCCGUCGGCUGCUUUCUCGCCCAAAUGUAUCUGCGCACCCCGCCGUUUUUUCUCGCCAACCGACGCCACGCAGCUGAUGGCGGUCCUGCAAGAGGCGGCCACGUGGGCGGGCGUCAACAGCAGCCGCAGGACAAUUAUCAACAUCGGCGGGCGGAGAUGGAGCUGGAGCAGCUGUCGCUUAUCACUGAUGUUCUCGGGCCGCUCUCCAGUGCCAGCCCUGAUGCCUUUCCACAGGAGCUGUGUCAGCGCUCCGCUCAGCUUGAGCAGCUGCGAAAGGCCCUUGCCACCACUUCCGCCUCAUCCUUGUCCUCCUUCACCCCAUCGCUUGGCUCCCUCUUUCAGCCGAGUUUUCUCUACAUGGAGUUUCACGGGUUUGCGGCGUGGUUUAUGGCCACGGCGGAGCACCGCCGCCGCGACCCCUCGCAUCUGCUUCCAUCGAAGGAAUGCGUCGAUGUGCUGACGGCCAUCUUCCAGCUUGACCCACGCAAGCGACCGACAGCGGCGCAGCUUCUGGAGAUGCCUUUCUUUGACCUUCACCGCAGCGCACCGCGGCGAGUCGCAGCGCACGGCGGACUGAAUAAAGAACGGCUCUCCGAGAAUGAACUUAUUGAGCGGCACAUCCAACGCGAGAUUUCCGAGAAACUGCUGCGGUACCAUGACAGUCACAUUGCACCGACUACAGAGAGAGGCAAGUAA